AAUUUAAUAACAUAUAUAACAUGCGGAAAGCAGACAAACCUUUUAAAUAAAAUUAGAGUUUGUUUACGUUUGUGGCGGAAGGAGACGCGGGAGUGAUCCUCUUAGGGGACACAUUAUAACACUAUGUUUUAUCAUAUCUCUCUGGAACAUGAGAUAUUGUUACAUCCAAGAUACUUCGGUCCACAGUUAAUGGACACAGUGCGACAGAUGCUCUUUACAGAAGUGGAAGGAACAUGUACUGGAAAAUAUGGGUUCGUCAUUGCUGUAACAACAAUUGAUCAUAUUGGAUCGGGCAUGAUCCAAGUUGGUCGAGGAUUUGUCUUAUAUCCUAUUAAAUAUAAAGCUAUUGUCUUCCGCCCAUUUAAAGGAGAAGUUCUUGAUGCUGUCGUCACCCAAAUUAAUAAGAUUGGUCUCUUCUGUGAAAUUGGACCUAUGCAGUGUUUUAUUUCCAGACAUUCUAUUCCACAAGAUCUUGAGUUUGACCCCAACUCCAAUCCACCAUGUUACAAGAGCAGAGAUGAGGAAGUUGUCAUACAGACCGAUGAUGAGAUCAGAGUGAAGAUUGUUGGUACCAGAGUAGAUGCUACUGACAUCUUUGCUAUUGGCACCCUCAUGGACGAUUACCUUGGCCUUACGAGCUAAACAAGAAAUCCUCAUCAGCCAAGACCACAUCUUGCUCUGUACACAGUACUGUACUUGCUCCUCUGAUUUUUAUAGUUCAUAUUUAUUUUUCAAUUUUUUUUUUUUUUAAAUAUACUGUAUGAGCUGUUACAUUCCUGAAGAGUACCAACAUGGGAGAAAUGUCUUUUCCACUCUUGAUGUGGAUUCUCGCGAGUCAAAUUUCCUCUGAAGUACAAGUUAGUGGUCAGUGGCCAUACACUCCCAAACUCCAGACACAUCUCUCAAGGGACUGCAUUUCUGAUAUUGGUAUCCUGUAUAUAUAUCUUCUCUCAUAUCCCAGGGUUUCACCUGUGUCUGCAUCCUGAAGCAGCCCCCCCCCCCCAUCCUGUCUAUAUGUUCCUGCUAUUUGUAUGAACAAAUGGUUCUCUUCCCUUGUCUUAUGGCCAAAUCAGAUGUGUUUGGUAUGGCCAGAUUUUGAAACCUGAAGCAGUCCCUCCAUCAUGUCUGUCUCCUUGUGAUUGUAUGUUAAUUUCAUCAUUCAUCUCAUGGCCUUAAAAAUGUUUUGUAACUACACUAGCAGGUCCUGUAAACCUGACACGUGAAAUGAUCAUAACAAAGUGUUUUGGAAGUAUUCUACCAUACCUUCACACCCAACAUUAACUUUGGAAGGAAUUUGAUACAGAAUACUCAUAUACAGUACACUGCUGUACUAAAACUUCAUUAUUGUUGUGUGCAUGCUGACUAGUAUAAGUUAUAUAAAAAAAAUGAAUAAGGAAACUAAAAAUGAUAUGGGAGACUUUAAUUUUUCACAUGUAAUUAUUAUUUAUACCAACAGGUAUUAAAAUAUCUUAAUAA